UAUUGAACUCUGGGUUAGGAAUGGGAUGGCAUGAGUCAAGGCAGGUGAGCCAAUACUUUUGGUCAUAUAGUGUAUAUCCCAUCAUUCAGUGCUCAUGUUCUUUACCCGUGUCUCACCAACAGUCUAUGAUCUGCUCACCUCACCUGACUGCCUGCCAGACCUGCUGCAGGGGGGUCUGGCCGAUCAAGGUGUGAAUGAGAUCUUCAUUUUGACCACAUUCCAGUUGCAACCCAAGUCUGGAACCACAGUGUUCGGCCUCUACAACCCGCGUGACAACAGCAAGUACUUUGAGUUCACGGUGAUGGGGAAGCUCAACAGAGCUUUGCUGCGCUACCUGCGGACGGACAGGAGGAUGAGUUCUGUGACUUUAAACAACCUGGUGCUGGCAGACGGCCAGAAACACAGACUGUUGUUCCACCUGAAGGGGCUGCAGCAGCAGGGGCCCAUAGGGGUGGAGCUGCAUCUGGACUGCAGGCUGGUGGAGACAAUCAGGGAUCUCCCUGCCGCCUUCCAAGGUCUCCCUGCAGGAUAUGCUACAGUGGAGCUCAAAACCAUGCCUUUGAGAGAUCAGGAGAGUUUAGACGAGCUGAAGCUGGUGGUCGGAGACACUUUUGAGAAUGUUGCUUCAUUACAGGAUUGCCAUUUCCAACAAAGAGACUCGGUUCAAACUCUGGGGAUCAACACAAAACAGCUGUCAAAUCAAAUGCUGGACUUAACCAAGGUGAUAAAUGAACUGAAGGACGUCCUCAUUCAGCAGGUGAAGGAGACCUCAUUUCUCAGAAACACCAUCUCAGAGUGUCAGGCCUGCGGCUUUGGUGGACCCGAGGUGGUGAAACCCAGUUGUACCCCAGGGGUGUGUUUCCGUGACGAUAUGUGUAUAGAGACAGCACAGGGAGUGGAGUGUGGACCCUGUCCUGAUGGAUACACAGGAGACGGUUACAACUGUGACGACGUGGACGAGUGUCAGUUUAACCCCUGCUUCCCUGGAGUGAAGUGUGUGAACACCGCCCCGGGCUAUCGCUGUGAUGUCUGUCCUCUUGGAUACACAGGUCUGCCAGUAGAGGGCGUAGGCGUUCUCUUCGCUCAGACCAACAAACAGGUCUGUGACGACAUUGAUGAAUGCAAAGGAGCCAACAAUGGAGGCUGCACUGAAAACUCAAUCUGUCACAACUCUGUGGGCUCUUAUCACUGUGGCAGCUGUAAGACAGGUUACACAGGAGAUCAAGUCAAAGGCUGUAAGCCUGAGAUCAGCUGUGGCAACAGUCUGACCAACCCCUGUGAUGUCAAUGCUCAGUGUCAGGCGGAAAGAGACGGGUCAGUCUCCUGUCAGUGUGGAAUCGGCUGGGCGGGGAACGGCUACCUGUGUGGGAAGGACACUGACAUCGAUGGAUACCCAGACGAGAAACUCAAAUGCAAGGAGCCGAGCUGUAGAAAGGACAACUGUGUCUACGUUCCUAACUCUGGUCAAGAGGACGCUGACAGGGACGGAGACGGAGACGCCUGCGAUGACGAUGCGGAUGGCGACGGCAUUCCAAAUGAACAGGACAACUGCUGGUUGAAGCCCAACGUGGACCAGAGGAACAGUGAUAAAGACAGUCACGGCGACGCCUGUGACAACUGCCGUUUGGUGGACAACCCUGACCAGAGGGACACUGACAGUGACGGCAGGGGAGACGCCUGUGAUGAUGACAUGGAUGGAGAUGGCCUGAAAAACUUCUUGGACAACUGCCAGCGUGUCAAGAACAGAGACCAGCUGGACCGAGACGGAGACGGUGUGGGAGACGCCUGUGACAGCUGCCCUGACAUCCCCAACCCCAACCAAUCUGACAUAGACAAUGACCUCGUUGGAGACUCCUGCGACACCAACCAGGACAGUGACGGCGACGGUCACCAGGACACCAAGGAUAACUGCCCAUUCGUGAUCAAUAGCUCUCAGUUGGACACUGACAAAGACGGACUGGGUGAUGAGUGUGACGACGACGACGACAACGACGGGAUCCCAGACAUUAUCCCACCUGGGCCGGACAACUGUCGGCUGGUACCAAACCCUGACCAGAUUGAUGACAACAAUGACGGCGUGGGAGACGUGUGUGAGUCCGACUUCGACCAGGACAAGGUGAUCGACAGGAUUGACAACUGUCCUGAGAAUGCUGAGGUCACGCUGACGGACUUCAGGGCCUAUCAGACGGUGGUGCUGGACCCUGAGGGUGACGCCCAGAUUGAUCCUAACUGGGUUGUCUUAAAUCAGGGAAUGGAAAUUGUUCAGACCAUGAACAGCGACCCAGGACUUGCCGUUGGUUACACUGCGUUCAGCGGAGUGGACUUCGAGGGGACGUUUCACGUGAACACAGUGACUGAUGACGACUACGCCGGCUUCAUCUUCGGCUAUCAGGACUCUUCCUCCUUCUACGUAGUGAUGUGGAAGCAGACUGAACAGACCUACUGGCAGGCAACGCCCUUCAGGGCUGUGGCUGAGCCUGGCAUUCAGCUCAAGGCUGUGAAGUCCAGGUCAGGCCCCGGGGAGCAUUUGAGAAACGCACUGUGGCACACAGGAGACACCAACGACCAGGUGCGUCUGCUGUGGAAGGACCCGAGGAAUGUGGGCUGGAAGGACAAGGUGUCCUACCGCUGGUACCUGCAGCACCGCCCACAGGUCGGAUACAUCAGAGCUCGUUUCUAUGAGGGGACGGAGCUGGUGGCCGACUCUGGAGUGACAAUCGACACAACCAUGAGAGGAGGACGGCUCGGUGUCUUCUGUUUCUCUCAGGAAAACAUCAUCUGGUCCAACUUAAAAUACCGCUGCAAUGACACCAUCCCUGAGGACUUCCAGGAGUUCAGAACUCAGCACGGCACUGACUCAAUCUAAAGUCUGGAUGAAAAAAGAAAUAUCACGACGCAGAUGUCGGCCACAGUGUGUGUGUGCGCGUGUUGUUUGUGUGUGUGUUGUUUGUGUGUGUGUCUUUUGUACUGUUCGUGUCCACUGUCGUCUUUCAUUCCUUUCUCAUAUUGUUUCCUCCUGUUAUAACAUAUAAAAAGACUUCUUUUCCGAGCUCGUGGUGCUAAAUAUUUUAAGUUAUAAUACAUUUUUACAACUUUUUUUAAGCAACUUCCUUCCACGUAGUUUUAGGAAAUACCUGAAAGCAGACACCGUUGUGUGGCAUUGUUUCACUUUUUCAACGUUUUCAAGACUUUUAACAUUCUUAUCUUCCAUGUUUCACAGAAAUAUACUGUUGAAGUAUUUGGUUGACACAGUACUGGUGUGUACUGGUAUAUGUUGAUGAUGCUGCAGUUGUACUGUUCCUGUACUACGCCUUGUGUUUACCUGUCAUUGUGUAGGGUUGUUCAUUCAAGGAGAUUCUCUUUGUCACACUUUGUCUUUUCAAUGACCUUGAAUGUCAGGGCAACCUCGUUUCCUCCUAACGACUUUGUCCUCAAGGCCUUGAACAUUUAUUGAAGCUCAAAAUAAAAGGGCUGGUUAAAAUA